UACAAUUUAAAAUAACAGUAAAGAUGUUGACCAUCAUUGCUUCCAACUACAAGAAACCUAUUAAGAAAAAAGAAAAACCUACUAAGAGCUCCACAUACUCUUUUAAUAGGCAAACCCAAUUAUAAAGUUCUAUUGGAGACGGUGGACAGGCCAUGGCUACUACUGUUCCUCUCAGCUCACUCUCCCACUUCAUCCAAUCCAGAGGAAGAAGAGACAACUCCAUAUCUUCCGUCAAGAGUCUCCAAAAACGCACAGGUUUGUCUCUCUCUUCUGCGCUCACCUCACAAGGUGCCAGAGACAUGAUUCCACCAGAGGGAAAAAGCGACGAUCGCAACUCUGCCUUUGACUUCAAGUCCUAUAUGAUUAAUAAAGCCAAAUCUGUAAACGCGGCUCUCGACAUUUCAGUACCGCUCCGAGAACCCCUCACGGUCCAGGAGGCCGUGCGGUACUCAUUGUUGGCGGGUGGAAAACGUGUGAGGCCUAUGCUCUGCAUUGCUUCCUGCGAGCUCGUGGGUGGGAACGAGGCUACUGCCAUGCCAGCCGCUUGCGCAGUCGAGAUGAUCCACACAAGCUCUCUUAUUCAUGACGAUCUUCCGUGCAUGGACAAUGCCGACCUCCGCAGAGGCAAGCCAACCAACCACAAGGUAUUUGGAGAAGACAUGGCUGUUUUGGCGGGUGAUGCACUCCUUGCUUUAGCGUUUGAGCACAUGACGGUUGUGUCGAGUGGUUUGGUCCCUCCCGAGAGGAUGAUUCGCGCGGUGGCUGAGCUGGCCAGGGCCAUAGGGACAACAGGGCUCGUUGCUGGACAAAUGAUAGACCUAGCCAGCGAAAGAUUGAAUCCACACGACGCUGGAUUGGAGCGUCUAGAGUUCAUCCACCUCCACAAAACAGCGGCAUUGUUGGAGGCUGCGGCGGUGUUAGGGGUUAUAAUGGGAGGUGGAACAGAGGAAGAGAUCGAGAAGCUUAGAAAGUAUGCGAGGUGUAUUGGGCUACUGUUUCAGGUGGUUGAUGAUAUUCUCGACGUAACGGAAUCUACUGAGGAAUUGGGUAAGACCGCCGGAAAAGACUUAAUGGCCGGAAAGCUGACCUAUCCAAGGCUGAUAGGUUUGGAGAGAUCGAGGGAAGUUGCAGAGAAGCUGAGGAAAGAAGCAGAGGAACAGGUUUUAGGGUUUGAUUCCGAAAAUUCAGCGCCUCUGGUGGCUCUUGCUAGUUACAUUGCUUGCAGACACAACUGAUACUUUUCAUGGACUGAUCAUAUCCUCAAUGGCCGUAUAGUUCGAUCUGUGGUCUUGUAUCUUGUGAACCGUUUAAGUUGUGACCAUCUCUCUGUGCUUUCACGUUGUACUUUAGUAUUGUGUUUUUUGAAUCUUAAUAUUGUAAUGUUUAGAAUUUAUCAAUAAAGAUUGCUCAUGGAAUAAAA